CUUCGACCCCAUCAAACAUUAAACUAAAUAAAGAAAGGACCACAUUAUUUUAUCCAAAGUCAACAUUAUCAAUUUCUCUAUAUAUAAUCAACCUCACCACGCAACCUUCUUCUUCUCUAAACCACUUCUCUCUCUCUUUCUCUCUUUCUGUUUCUGUGUUCAGAUGGGAAAUGCAAUGAAGACUCCAUGCUUUCACCCCAACAAGAAUUGUUCAUCGAAGAAAAUGGUGAAACUGGUAUUCUGGGAGGGCACGUCAAGAUCCCUGAAGGGGAAACACAUAGCUGGUGAGAUCAUGUUUGAGUUCCCUGAAAUGAUGGUGUGCCAUGCAGACUCUUUCUUCAUCGGACACCCUAUCCCUGCUCUCUCCAUUGACGAUGAACUCAUGCCAGGCCAAACCUACUUUGUUCUUCCCAUUGAUCGUUUUGCAUGCACCACCCUUUCCGUCGCUUCCAUUUCAGCCUUUGGAUCUUGCCCUAACAAGUCCCCCAUCAAGUUUGGGGCGUGUCCUUUUCAGUACUUGAAAGGUUCUGAUGGAAGGAUCGUGAUCAAGGUGAUGCCAGAGUUCAUCACCAGGCUCAUAACCGGUGCAGACAAAGAGAAUAUCGGUCCUUCCAGUUUCCUCUGCAGCACUCCUGAGUUGCAGAAACACUACGAACAGCUUGUGAAGUCCAAGGAUCAGGUCUGGUCUCCUAAGCUUGAAACCAUUUCAGAAUACAGAAUUAGGUUUUCGCCAUGCAGAUUCAUCGAAUGGAAAGAAAAAGAAAAGCCUGUCGAAAUUCUUACUAGAUAGUUCAUUCUUAAUCACAACCAACCACACAUAACAUUGUACACUGAUUUAUAGAUCGUAGUAUACACAUUACUCAUCUUUCUGCUCCUGAUUUCUAAUUUUACAGUUUUGAGAAAUGAUAUUAUAGAAAUCAAUAGUUUCUUUCCAGUUUUUCUGUUAAGUGGUUUUCUUACAUAACGAAGAAGCUUGAUGAA